CUUCCCCAAUAGACCGUGACAGUGAGUUGUUAACUUUAUUUGUGGACUAUACAAUUAAAGCACUAUCGGCACAGUCAGUCAACCAAAUCGAAUAUAAUAAUUUAGCUCCAUAACAACUAUAUCAUAUAUACAUGUAUGAGGACAAAUGCAUGCAAAGGGGCCAUGGUAUUAUGUUUGCAUAUUACACCCAAAUACCAAAGACAACCCAGACAUGGCAUAGAGGAACUGCGUUCUUGCUGAAGGGACUAGCUGGAAUCUGGAUACUCAACGGGCCUGAACAAUCCAAAUAUAGGGAUCAUCAGUUUAAAUUGACAGUGACGGGGUGAAAGAGGAGACACAACCAGACGGGCAUCAUGUGGACGCUUAAACUUCUUCGUUUUGAUCAGGUUCCAUCUGAUUUUCGGGAGCCGUUCAUCAUCUCGGGAUACCGGUCCUGUCAAAGUAGCGCAUCAUCCUGCCUGGCUAGUGCGCUCCAACGCACCAACGAAACAAUCAACUUCUGGACUCACUUCAUCCCCGCCAUCAUCUUCCUUCGCCUUACAUGGAUGGUCGCCGUCAACGAUCACGGUGUUGCCCACGAUCCCUUAAUGUGGCCUGUUAUAGUUUUCCUAUUCGGUACCUUUUGUUACACGAUGGCCAGCUCCGUUGCCCAUAUGUUCAAUAGCAUGUCCCAGUGUGCUAGAUACACAUUUUUCUUCAUAGACUAUUUUGGGAUUAGUAUGUACAGUUUUGGUACUUGUCUAGCUUGCUAUACCUACUCAUUUCCACCGGAGUUAAUAGACACGCCUCUUUACCAUGUAUACAUCCCUGUUGCUAUGGUAACGGCCUUCGGAAGUACUUACUUGGCAUGUUGUAGCCGGUUUUCCACCUGGGCUCCCCUCCGAGAUGGCGGUCGUCUGCCAGCGUUUGCUAUACCUUACAUCUGGUGCAAAAUUCCUUUAGUCUAUCGCCUCAUCUAUUGCGAGUCAACGGGGUGCGACAGCGAUGCUCUUUACUUCCAAAUGUGGCAAUUUUAUUUCAUAUUCGGGAUCUCAUUACUCUAUUCCACGAGAUUCCCAGAGGUCAUAGCGCCUGGGAAGUUCGACUUCAUUGGCCACAGUCAUCAGUUCUUCCACAUCGGGAGUAGUCUCGCCAGCUACUGCCAUUACCUCGCCUUUCUUGCGGAGUUGGAGGAGCGCCCAGAUUUCAUUGAGCAGCACGGCAUGCCUACAUUCAUGUCAACCUUUGGUGUUUUUCUCGCCGUGCUUGUCGGGAAUGUCGCCAUCGUAUGGGUUCUGUCGUUAUGGGUGGUUAGGAUCAAGUCGCGAUCAAAAGCGACAGAAUACUCAGACUGAUGUUUAGAUUCAGUAUGCUACCGUGUGUUUCAUCAUGUUAGAUGAAAAAAAAUCAGAUCUUAAGCAAGCCCAAGGGGAUCUUUCCAUCGACUUUAGUCUUCCGACAAAGUUGUCCGAUUUGACAGCUUGAUUUCAUUGAUUUUGAUUGGCUGAGAAGUAAUGAUACCAUGCAUCUGUCGAAUAAAAGACACUAAUUUGUGGGAUAAAUCAUCCGACAAGUCCUGAAAUGCUCCCUGUGUGAUUGAGGGGAGAGGACUGGGGGCUGGUUGCACAAAUCUUACUUUGACAGCAAACACAAGUUCCAAAAAGUGCGCACUUCUGUUUGGUUGGAUUUCAAGUUCGUUAUUUUCGAGAAUUUUUAUUAAUCAGUGGUUGAGGUUGAUAAAUUUUAUCAUACUUAAGAUUUGAACAAUGCGGCAUCCCAUGCAAUAACAAUUCUCUUCCAUUUCAGAUAGAAACUACCGUGUCUUUCAUUUGUAGAUAUAAUAGUUUUCACUAUAUUUAUAUGUAUUAAAAAAUGACACAAUUAUAGUAUAAGAGAUUAUUAGAAUGAGAGGAAGAAUAUUUAUUUAAAGUUUCUGUUUUGCUGUUGAAUUCUGUAUACUUCAUAGUUAUAUAGGCCAACUUUAUGAUGUUUGUUAAAUAUUUUACUUUACCGUGAUUGCUGAUUUGAUUUUUGUUAUUCAACAAUUGAUUUAUUCUUGUAGUUUAUUCCCGUGAGCCAUGGGCUUAUAGCAGUUCGAAGGCUGGAGUGAAUACCGUGUUGAAAUAAAUAAACUUUAUGAUUAAUGAAUUAGAAAUAUGCUCUCGAAAACAUAAUCAUCGGUCAUCGGAGAAUAUAGCUGAAUAUAUUAUAUCAGAAAAUGAAUAUACAGCAUCCAUAUUUUUUAUUGCAGUGCUUGGAAAUUGUUUGAAAAUUUUGUAAAUUGUUUUUAGUACAGAAGAUAAAGGAAAAUUUGAAUAAAAAAGUACACAUUUGGCAAACCUCGGAGAGAAUGGUUUUGGGUCAAUGAAAUAACAAUGACUCCAGCGGCGUAACAGGGGUCGGGGGCCAGGGGGGGGGGGGCAAGAACCAAAAAUAUCCCGGUCAUGAACAGGCGUAAUGGUGUAAUGAGGCGACUUUUUUGAGAAGGCCAAAUAUAGCGUAUCGGGCAGAAUUUAUCUUUUUAAAAAUGUUGCGAGCGAGCGAAGCAAGCGAGCAAAAAUUCUGACCUUUUUAAUAAAAAAAAAUCAAAUUUUGUGAUAUAUUUUGACAUGAUAUCCAGAGAAUAAUAUAUUUCACUCUUCUCUCUUUAGAUUCCCUUUUUUUUGGUCUAUACGCCACUGUGAACAGGAUUUUUUGCGGCAGUAGCGUGAAGAGUAAAAAAAAAAAAAACGAGGGGCGCAGUAUAGCACAUGUGCUAAAAAGCUGUUUUAUAUAAGUCCCGAGCGAGCGAAGCGAGCGAGAAAAAAAACCACCUUUUCAGAGAAUCUAACUUUGAGCUAUUUUUUUGACAUUAUGUUCAAUAAAUAAAAUCAUAUCCUACACUUUUCCUUUGCUUUUUCUUUCCUCCUUGUUUUUUGUUCUUGUUUGUAGAACUUUUUGGGGCCAUGGCCUAACCCUUCCAUACGCAGUGCUGUUGGGGACCGGGGCGGAGCCCCCGGAACUUCUUGAUAUCAAAGCCAUUUAAACCUCGCAGAUUGCCGCUAUAUUAAUCAAAUCGCGGGCAUAUACAGAAUAUAGCUUUUGCACAAAACAUUUAUUCAACCCAGUUGCGUAAUGAACCAAAUAUUUUGAGGGGAGAAAAACAUAGCAAUGUGGGAAAAAUUUGUAAAAAGUCACCAGCGUGCCUAAAAAAAAUGCCUAUUGAAAUUAAAUUCUAAUUAUGUGAUAGAUUUUUCCAUUAUAUUCAGCAAAUAACACAUUUCAUUGUUUCCAUUCAUUUUCAUUAUACGUUGUCUCCUAUAAUUUCUUUUAUUUCCUCUUGGGUGUGGAACCAAGACCCCCCACCAGCCUGUAUGCCAGUGAUUGAACGGGGGCGUUAUAGAGCCAUUUGAAGGUUAUAAAUGAAGAGCCCCCUUGCCCCGGUAGCUUAUUUGCGUAAAAUUUAGCAUGCUUGUAGCACAAUGUUGUAAAUCAUCGGCAGCCCGGUCGUAUUAUUUUUUUCCCUUCCCUUUUCUUUGUUUUCCAAUUUAGCUUUUGACUAAUUACAUUCUAACUUCGUUUCCCGCUAUUGAUUGCCAUUUUGUCAUCUUUUAAUUUAUUUCCCACCGUAAUAGUGCAUUACAUAGGCCUAUUUCGGAAUGAUUUUUUCUUUCUCAAAUGUUCUUCUUUCGUACAUUUUCCCGCUUUCCUUCCUUUUCCAUUAAAAAAAAGGUUUUUUCUUCGUUUUCUUUUCCCUUUUCCCUUUCCCUUUCCUUUUCCUCCUUUCCUUUUUCACUUUCCUUCCCCUUUCUUUCUCCCUCCUUUUUUUCUUUUUCCAGUUUUUUUUUUAUUUUCCCGGUGAAAUCCGCCAGGGGGCAGAUUGCCCCCCCCCGCCUGUUACGCCACUGAAUGACUCCACAAUAUUAUUAUUUUUUUAACAUAAUAAAAACCAAUCCAUUAAAGUUCUUAUAGGCAGGGUAUGGGUUUUGUAUUCUCGCCUAAUCUAUCUCUUAUAAUGAUAACAAAACAUAGACAUCAAAGAUCAGGUACUAUGGAAUAGCCCGCUGAUAAAGACUUGUACAACAAUCGACAAAACUUUUGAUCAUUAAUAUUAAAAUUUUAUUGGAUGAACAAGACAAGUUUCUCUCACAUCAACUUUUUAAAAGCGAAAUAUACAAAUUUAAUUGUAAUUAUUAGUUCUGAAGUGAACAAAAAAUAUCCAUUGAUUUCUGUCAGACCAAAUUAAUCAAAAAAUCAAAUGCGAUGAAUGACAACACGAUGUUGAGAAGACCCCCCCCCCCAAAAAAAAAAAGUUUCUAAAGUAACUAAGGAAGUUUAUCACCCUUUUAUCAGUAUACAGCUAUACAGUUGAUGCUUUAUUUGUGUUAAAUUACUGGAUUUAAUAUAUCGUGUUUGAUUUUGAAUAAAAUCUUUCCUUUGAUUUAAAGAAAAAUAAUGUGAUUUAAAUUGCUAUCAAAUUUACAAUGAUUGUUCAAAUCGAUUAUGAAAGUUCAUCUGUGUUGGUUGAAAAUAAGUAAAAUUUAGAUUGUUCGAAUCUGUAUAGUGCCCUACUAUUCUAUUUCAUGUUGAUAUCACAAUAAAAAAAACACCUCACU